CACCAUGCGCCCUGAGAACCCCCAGCCGAAAUGGUUUGCUGACCAGCGCAGGGCCUCAGGCUUUGGUGGACUUUCUGUUGAAGCGGAACUUGCAAGUGAUCAUCGUCACGUGAAAGCCUGCAGCACAUGCGGUAGGCUGGUCUUGCAUUUGCUUGCCGCCCUUCGGCAGCAGACACGAUAGAUCUCCAAGCUGAAGUUCAGCUUCACAAAAGCUGUCUUCCCUCAGAAACUUCUGAAAAAUUCUUCUUUCCGGCCAACUCUGUUUUGGAAAGUUGGCGCCUCAGCUGCUCAACCCGACCCUUUCUCUGCAAGGCUUCUCAAUUCAAGUGACACAAGAUGGCUUCAUCUGGAAAGGCGAAAGUAGGGAUCAAUGGCUUUGGCCGUAUUGGAAGGCUUGUGAUGCGCGCGGCCUUGGAGAGGAGCGACGUGGAAGUGGUGGCAGUCAAUGAUCCUUUCAUUGAUGCAGAUUAUGCGAUCUACAUGUUCACCUAUGAUUCAGUCCAUGGGAAGUACAGUGGGAAGAUUGAGAAGAAGGACGCCCACACUAUCAGUUUUGACGGACAUGACGUGGCUUUCUAUGCGGCAAGGGAUCCCUCUGAGAUUCCCUGGGGCAAGCAUGGCGCCGAUUAUGUGGUGGAGAGCACAGGCGUCUUCACAGACAUGGACAAAGCAGCAGCUCAUUUGAAGGGUGGCGCCAAGAAGGUGAUCAUCUCAGCGCCUUCGAAGGACGCGCCAAUGUAUGUCAUGGGUGUGAACCAUGAGAAGUACAAGACCUCUGACAACAUCAUCUCCAACGCCAGCUGCACAACGAAUUGCCUUGCGCCACUUGCUAUGGUCGUCAACAACAAGUUUGGCAUCCUCGAGGGAUUGAUGACGACUGUACAUGCUACUACCGCCACCCAAAAGACCGUUGAUGGGCCGUCAAACAAGGAUUGGCGUGGAGGGCGUGGUGCCAGCACAAACAUCAUCCCCAGCUCGACUGGAGCUGCCAAGGCCGUUGGGAAGGUGCUGCCCGAGCUGAACGGCAAGCUGACCGGCAUGGCCUUCCGCGUGCCAACUGCUGACGUGUCCGUCGUGGACCUGACCGUGCGGCUAGAAAAGCCCGCCAAGUACGACGACAUCGUGGCAGCCAUCAAGGAAGCUGCAGAUGGGCCGCUGAAGGGCAUCUUGGGCUACACCAGCGAUGACGUUGUGUCUCAGGACUUUGUUCACGACAGCAGGUCGAGCAUUUUUGACAUCAAGGCCGGUAUCGCUUUGAACGACAGCUUCGUCAAGCUGGUCAGCUGGUACGACAACGAGUGGGGUUACUCGAACCGUGUCGUUGACCUGCUCACCUACAUCUCCAAGGUUAAGUAAAUUGGUAGUGUCGGCGAAUUGACGACCUCGAAGCAGAUCUCGUAGUGAGGGACAUGCUCAGCGAAAAUACUCUUAGCUAGAGGUUGUUUCGAAGCAGUUGACACUGCCGAUACUCAAAAACCACGAGCUGCAGCAAUAAAGCAAGGCCCAGCCGCGCCUUGCGAAUAGCAACACGUUGCUCACAUACAGCAGAUUGAGGAUUUGACGUAGCGCCCCCAUUAAGCUCUUGUACAGAACAGAUAUUACCGGCUUGCAAAUUAUCCAGAAUGAUCGAGCGAAACGACUGCGCCAAACUGAAGUCCACACAUGCGCGCAUGGGCAAAUUUGCAACCGUUAGGCGUAUGCAUUGACUUUACCUACAGUGCUCGGAGGAUGUUGUAUCGCUGAGUGAUACCCUUAUAAGACCCGAUCAUGGCUAACCGCG